AUGACUGCAAAUAGAUACAUUGUGAAAAGUGAAGUGCUUGAAAAAUGUCUUCUCAUUUUUUCCUGCGUUCUCUUUACCUCUGCCGGGCAUUUGGGAGGCGGACAUGAAUCCUACAGCUACGGCGCUUCAGCAGGCGGCGAUGGCGGUCAUGGAGGAUACGAAUCGAGCGGAGGUUACGAAUCCGUCGGAGCAUCAGGAGGCGAUCAUCAUUCGAAAGACGUUCACAUCCCAGUUCCUCAUCCCGUCGCUGUUGCUGUUCCGCAAUAUUUAAAAGUCCCCGUACCCGCUCCAUUCGCUCAACAUGUGCCCGUUCAACACAAAAUUCUCGUUCCCGUGUACAAAGUCGUGCCUCAAGUCAUCGAGAAGCCCGUUCCGUACACCGUCGAGAUCAAGGAACCCGUCGAAGUGAAGAAACCUUAUCCCGUUGAAGUGAUCAAAAAAAUUGAAAUUCCCGUCCCAAAACCGUAUCAUGUUCCAGUUACCAUCUACAAGCACGUUUUGCAUAAGGAAGAAGUUGUCAAGGGACAUGGAUGGAAGUAA